GGGGUCCCCCAAUAAACACAGCAGUAAAAUGGGGAAAGUAUGAAGAUGCUCUCCCUCUUCGUACUGCCUGAUAUGGCAUCAAAUUAUGCAUUUAGAUUAUCUCUUCUUCAUUUGGAUUUCAAAUGUUUAAUUAAAAUCAAAAGAAAAAUCAGAGGAGAUAGAGAGAGAGAGAAUAGGAAUACAUUAGAGUCGGUCUAGGAAGCGGAAAUGGAAGUGUGGAGCGGGGUUUCUGGCAAGAAAUUAGAGAGAAAAAUAUGGCAUUUAUAUAGGCGGCUUUAGAUUUUGCAUUUAAAACUUGAAUUUUGAAAAAUUUAUUUGCUCCCCACAAUAUCUUUGCAUUAUUUUGUUUAACUUUACAUAUAUUAUUGAUCUGAUCUGUUUCUCAGACAGCUCUAACAACUGGGUGUGAGAAAAAUCCGAAGCCUUCAGAUUCUUUUUUUUCUGAAUUUUUAUUUCUUUUUUUUUUUUUUCUCUUUCUUGAUAUAUAUAAGAUAUGUGUACCAGAAAGUUACAAUCUUUGCUGAAUUAUGGGGGUGUUUUUUCUUCCCAAAAAAGCUGCCGAUCUUGACUCCAUAACCUGCGAGAUCUUAUGUGAUCAGCUAGAGAUGAUAAAUUUGGAAUCUGCGUAUUUUUUUCUUUGACUUUGCCCUUUUCUUGAUUUAUCAUGAAAUAAAUUUCCUUGCCAUUUUUGGGUUCUUUUCUUUUAUAUGCAACUCUCUCAGAUUUUGUGGAAUUCUCUUUUAAAUUUUCAAGAUUUUGUUGUAUCUUAAGGAUUAUUAUUGUAAUGGUGUUAUGUGGGGAUGAAUCUUAUGUGUCUAUAUAUAUAUAUAUAGUCUCCCUCUGAGUUUGUUUCACUCAAAAUCUUGAACUUUUUGCUGGGAUUUGAUGGCAAUGGGCCAAGAAGAACAUCCCCAGAAGUGUAGUAAUAGUAGCAGUGAUGGUGGUGAAGGUGUGGGUGGGGGUGUUUGUAGUAGUAGAUCUUCCAAAAAAAUGAAACCCAAAAAAGUCCCCCAAAGAGGAUUAGGGGUUGCUCAGCUGGAGAAGAUUAGAUUAGAGGAACAACAUAGAAGAGAUAAUAAUGCUUUCCAAGCAGUUAGCCUUUUGUCACCCAAUUCAAUGGUUUCAUCCAUGAAUUCACUAACAUCCUUACAAAUGCCACAACCAUCUAGCAUUUUAUUACCCAAUAUCUCUAGGCCUCACCUUUCUUCUUCCCCUUCAUCAAUCCCUCUGCCACCCCCACCACCACCCCCUGAUAUCGCCUCACCGAGUUCUGCCUUUAGAGCGUCCCCAACCUCGUGUGUCCCGAAGGUUGAUCAGCCUUUGCAUUCGAAUCCCGCUGUUCAAUUUUCAAAGCAAUUGAAUCUGGGAGGAGGUGAGAGGGGUUGGUCGGCCCUGAUGAUUCCGGGCAAUAGUUACUGGCCCAAAUUGUGGAAUGGUGAAUACAAUCUUGAAGGAGAGAAUCAAAGGUUGGAUCACCAUGGAAUCACUUUUAGGCCUAACAUAAACUUGCCCAUCGAAUCACAUACCUCAGUUUUGCCUCUCCCUAGUGCAAUGCCGAGAUCACAACAGUAUCAGCAACCUGCUUCUUCAUCAAUGGUGAACAUCUUGUCUGAGAUUUCAUCAUCAUCUGUAAGGAAUUUUCAGAUAGAGCCCCCUUCAAACCAAAAUUACCGUGGCAAUGAUUAUGCACCUCUGUGGCCUGAGGAAGUGAAGAUGGUCGGUGUUAAGAGGCCAUAUCCUUUCUCGCCAGAAUAUCCACCUCUUCCCUCAUUUAAUUGCAAAUUUCCACCUGGCUAUGUUCCUUCCACGUCUAGACCAAAUGAACCAACAUCCUGUACCAAUGGUAGCAUAGUCGUCAAUGUAGAAUCGCGCAAUCUGCCUAUAAGGGAAGACACUUCAAACUCGAAUAAUGCACUGUUUGAUUCCAACCCGAGGAGUUUUAAUCAAGAAAACGGAGGUCUUAGUGGCGAUUUCCUCUCAUUGGCCCCUCCAGCAGCUUUACAAAUAGAUCCAAGAUACCACCAUUGUUCAAGAAAUCCACUCGCUCUCAAUCAAGAAGCAUCGAGUCAGAGAGGCGGUGGUGAAGAGUUCAUCAAACGGUCGGGGAUGAAUGAAUCAGGUGAACCGCACAUCUUCAGCUUCUUCCCAGCUGCAAAGGCACAAACUGAUGUAGAAGAAAGCCCUAAAAGAAGAUACAACAGUGACUCAAAUGGAGUCGUUGAUCUGAACCUGAAGCUAUAGCAACUAGCUAGCUACUCAAUCUCUUUAAUUUAAUGUUUUUGCCAAGCUAGAAUAGAAUGUCCAUUGUUUCCAUGGUUUCUAGUCGUCAUUGUUUUACUUACAUGAUGGAUAAAUGUUCUUUUUAGUCCUUAAUAUAGAGAACUUACUUUCUAGAUAGAAAGAUAUGGAGACCAUACUCAUUUGGUUCCUCAAUUAUUAUGAUUUCACUA